AGACGCCAGCCAAAGUAGGCGGGGUUGCAAGAGGAGAGUCCGCUCUGCGCGAUCCAGUCCGGGACUUGGCUCCGCCCGGGAGCGGCGGCCUCUCCGGUGACAGAGUAGUGAGCUGCACGGGGUGAGGCUGCAGCCAACUCCGCUCCCAGCGCACUCGGCUGCCCAGGCGCACGGGACGCAGCAGCGGCGCUCCUCCGCGGUGCCGAUCGCCCGAGAUGCCCGCUUAAGAGCGUGCGGCCGCGGCCAGCAUCACCACACCCGCGGCACCGCUCUCCCGGCCGAGGAGCCGGGCCAGAGCCGCGCACCCCUGCCCCAGCCCCCACCCCGCCCCCCGCCCUGAAAUGACUUGUUAAUCGGCGCAGACACCACCAAGGGGACUCACCGGAGUGGAAUCCAAGUGGAAUUUGGAUUUGGCGAAGAGUUUCUUGAACAUUUACCCUCUUACUUGUUGGUUUUCUUCUUCUUCAUCUUCUUUUUCUCUCUUUUUUUUGGGGGACCGUCUUUUCCCCCUCUUCUCUCUCCGACCAUCACUGGAGAUGAACACAGCGCGCUUGCAUCCCAGAAAGUAGUCGCCGCGACUGUUGCCCCCAAAGAGACAACAAGCACACAUGUAGGAAUGACAAAGGCUUGCGAAGGAGAGAGCGCAGCUCGCGGCCCAGAGAGAUCCCCUCGAUAAUGGAUUACUAAAUGGGAUACACGCUGCACCAGUCCGCUCCAAGCCAGCCUUCUGCCCGUCGAUGCACCGAAAAGGGUGAAGUAGAAAAAUAAAGUCUCCCCGCUGAACUACUAUGAGGUCAGAAGCCUUGCUGCUAUAUUUCACACUGCUACACUUCACUGGGGCUGGCUUCCCAGAAGAUUCUGAGCCAAUCAGUAUUUCGCAUGGCAACUAUACAAAACAGUAUCCGGUGUUUGUGGGCCACAAGCCAGGACGGAACACCACACAGAGGCACAAACUGGACAUCCAGAUGAUCAUGAUCAUGAACAGAACCCUCUACAUUGCUGCUAGGGACCAUAUUUAUACCAUUGAUAUAGACACAUCAUACACGGAAGAAAUUUAUUGUAGCAAAAAACUGACAUGGAAAUCUAGACAGGCCGAUGUAGACACGUGCAGAAUGAAGGGAAAACAUAAGGAUGAGUGUCACAACUUUAUUAAAGUUCUUCUAAAGAAAAAUGAUGAUAUGUUGUUUGUCUGUGGGACUAAUGCCUUCAACCCUUCCUGCAGAAACUACAAGAUGGACACUCUGGAGCCUUUUGGGGAUGAAUUUAGUGGGAUGGCCAGAUGCCCUUAUGACGCCAAACAUGCCAAUGUCGCGCUGUUUGCAGAUGGCAAGCUGUACUCGGCCACGGUCACUGACUUCCUUGCCAUCGAUGCAGUCAUUUACCGGAGCCUGGGAGACAGCCCUACCCUGCGGACUGUCAAGCACGAUUCCAAAUGGUUGAAAGAACCAUACUUUGUCCAAGCGGUGGAUUAUGGAGACUAUAUCUACUUCUUCUUCAGGGAAAUAGCCGUGGAGUACAACACCAUGGGAAAGGUCGUAUUCCCAAGGGUGGCUCAGGUUUGCAAGAAUGACAUGGGAGGGUCUCAGCGAGUCCUGGAGAAACAGUGGACGUCUUUCCUGAAGGCGCGCCUGAACUGCUCGGUGCCCGGGGACUCUCAUUUUUAUUUCAACAUACUCCAGGCGGUCACAGAUGUGAUUCGUAUUAAUGGCCGUGAUGUUGUCCUGGCAACCUUUUCCACACCUUAUAACAGCAUCCCUGGCUCUGCAGUCUGUGCCUAUGACAUGCUCGAUAUUGCCAAUGUCUUUACUGGGCGAUUCAAGGAACAGAAGUCACCGGAUUCCACCUGGACACCAGUUCCUGAUGAACGAGUUCCUAAACCAAGGCCGGGUUGCUGUGCGGGCUCAUCCACCUUAGAAAAAUAUACAAGUUCCAAUGAGUUUCCUGAUGACACCCUGAACUUCAUCAAGACGCACCCCCUCAUGGAUGAGGCCGUCCCUUCCAUCUUCAACAGGCCGUGGUUCCUGAGAACGAUGGUCAGAUACCGCCUGACCAAAAUUGCAGUGGACACCGCUGCUGGGCCGUAUCAGAAUCACACUGUGGUUUUUCUGGGAUCGGAGAAGGGAAUCAUCUUGAAGUUCUUGGCCAGGAUAGGAAACAGUGGUUUUCUAAAUGACAGCCUCUUCCUGGAGGAGUUGAGCGUUUACAACCCUGAGAAAUGCAGCUACGAUGGCGUGGAAGACAAGAGGAUCAUGGGCAUGCAGCUGGACAGGGCAAGCAGCUCUCUGUAUGUCGCCUUCUCCACCUGUGUGAUAAAGGUUCCCCUGGGCCGGUGCGAGUGGCACGGGAAGUGUAAAAAAACCUGCAUCGCCUCCAGAGACCCAUACUGUGGGUGGGUGAAGGAAAGUGGUGCCUGCGCCCACCUGUUCCCCAGCAGCAGACUGACUUUUGAGCAGGACAUAGAGCGUGGCAAUACAGAUGGUCUGGGAGACUGUCACAAUUCCUUUGUGGCGCUGAAUGGCCACUCCAGUUCCCUCUUGCCCAGCACCACCGCAUCAGAUUCGGCGGCUCGAGAGGGAUAUGAGUCUAGGGGAGGAAUGCUGGACUGGAAGCACCUGCUCGAUUCACCUGACAACACAGACCCUUUGGGGGCAGUGUCUUCCCAUAAUCACCAAGACAAGAAGGGAGUGAUUCGGGAAAGUUACCUCAAAGGCCACGACCAGCUGGUUCCCGUCACCCUCUUGGCCAUCGCAGUCAUUCUGGCUUUUGUCAUGGGGGCCGUCUUCUCGGGCAUCAUCGUGUACUGUGUCUGCGAUCACCGGCGCAAAGACGUGGCCGUGGUGCAGCGGAAGGACAAGGAGCUGACCCACUCGCGGAGGGGCUCCAUGAGCAGCGUCACCAAGCUCAGCGGCCUCUUUGGGGACCCCCAGUCCAAAGACCCCAAGCCGGAGGCCAUCCUCACACCGCUCAUGCACAAUGGCAAGCUGGCCACGCCCAGCAACACGGCCAAGAUGCUCAUCAAGGCCGACCAGCACCACCUGGACCUGACGGCCUUGCCCACCCCGGAGUCCACCCCGACACUGCAGCAGAAGCGGAAGCCCAACCGCGGCAGCCGCGAGUGGGAGCGGAACCAGAACCUCAUCAACGCCUGCACCAAGGACAUGCCCCCCAUGGGCUCCCCCGUGAUCCCCACGGACCUGCCCCUCCGGGCCUCUCCCAGCCACAUCCCCAGCGUGGUGGUCCUUCCCAUCACGCAGCAGGGCUACCCGCAUGAGUACGUGGACCAGCCCAAAAUGAGCGAGGCGGCCCAGAUGGCGCUGGAGGACCAGGCUGCCACCCUGGAGUAUAAGACCAUCAGGGAGCACCUCAGCAGCAAGAGCCCCAACCACGGGGUGAACCUCGUGGAGAGCCUGGACAGCCUGCCCCCCAAAGUCCCCCAGCGGGAGGCCUCCCUGGGCCCCCCAGGAGCCUCCCUGUCCCAGAACGGCCUGAGCAAGCGGCUGGACAUGCACCACUCCUCCUACGGGGUCGAGUAUAAGAGGAGCUACCCCACGAACUCGCUCACGAGAAGCCACCAGGCCACCACGCUCAAAAGAAACAAUACUAACUCCUCCAAUUCCUCUCACCUCUCCAGAAACCAGAGCUUUGGCCGGGGAGACAACCCGCCCCCCGCCCCGCAGAGGGUGGACUCCAUCCAGGCGCACAGCUCCCAGCCGUCUGGCCAGGCCGUGACUGUCUCGAGGCAGCCCAGCCUCAACGCCUACAACUCACUGACCAGGUCGGGGCUGAAGCGCACACCCUCCCUAAAGCCGGACGUUCCCCCCAAACCUUCCUUUGCACCCCUUUCCACAUCCAUGAAGCCCAAUGACGCGUGUACCUAAUCCCAGGGGAGAGGCUCAGGUGUCGAACCAGCAGGCGAGGCGAGGCGCCCGCCCAGCUCGGCAAGGCUCUCAACUGCCUCGAGUACCCACAGACCAAGACGGCCCGCGGCAGAGCUGAGGACGCUGGGUCCUCCCCUCUGGGACACGGGGUACUCACGACAAUUGGGCCACGAGGUUGGGUGAAGGUUUGUGACAGCGGGGACUCACCUCCAUCCUCUUCCUUCACUCUCCCCCACACCCCACACCAGAUCGGACCCACAAAAGACUUCAGUUAUCAUCACAAACAUGAGCCAAAAGCACAUACCCACAUACACACACCCACACACACUUCACACCACACACACAGGUGAACAACAACUGCAACGUUCUGUUAUGUCCAGGACUGCACCGGCGUUGCCAAACUGGGCUAGCGCCCCAGACUUGCAAAACACAAAUACAUGUUAAAAAAAAAAAUCAUGAAAAUCUAAAAAGACAAAAAAAUAAAGAAUUCAUUGAUAAUUCUAACUCAGACUUUUAACAAUGGCAGAAGUUUACUAUGCGCAGAUACUGUGAAACGCCCACCAGUGUUAUAGCUUUCUGUUCUAGCAUUGGAAGGCCACGUUGGGGAACUAUGUCAUAGGUUCUGCCCCUCCUCUCUCUUAAUGAAAUAACGUGACCGUUAACGCAAGUAACUCUUUAUUUAUUGUUCACCCUUUUUUUUUCCUUAAGGAAAGGACUCUUCCACAUAUCAUCCUCUGAACGGCUCUUCAGAAAGCCCAUUGAAAGUUAAACUAUUUAACGGGAAAUCCAUUAACUGGAAUAAUUGAGUUUCUUUAUUUUUACAAUAAAUUCACUGAGUAAAUAAGUUGGAGCUGGAAUUCUGAGCUUUGUGUUUGGACUGUUUGAUCUGUAGCUGAAGGAAAACGUUAAGAGGGGAAUAUUUAUUUAAAAUCGACCAGUUUCUUUGCUGGUCAGGUUUCUGGCCUAUAACAUGCAAAAAAUUAAUUACUUUAAAGUCCUUCCAGAUAUCUAACUUCUGAAGCCACCAGGAGCGAAGCUUUUAGAAUGGCACCCUGUGUCCCACUGGUGCCAGCGAUGGCUUGGUCCGUGGUUCCCACUGUCUCUGUGAAGGCACCAGCUUGCGAUCCGCCAUCUCAUUUCACCUUGCAUGUGAGACAGCAAACAAAAUCCACAAAUGGUGUGAACUAAUUACCAUGCUGGCUGCUACCUUGCAUAAAUUAGUGGUUUGAUCACACGGGGUUUUUCGUGGGGUUACAUCUGUGAAUAGCCUGUUUUCCACAUGUAAAUUUGUGCCUUACACCUUGAGUUGUGUACACUUGUAAACUGUCAUUAUGAUCAACUUUCCCCCCCUUUGGACGUAAAUGCAGAUAUUUAUUUAGCCCGCCCCUCCCCCUGCCCCCACUCCAGCCCUCUGGAAGAGCAGAAUCAAGCAGAUGGAAAAAGAAUGCAGUGGUGAUGGCUGUCACGCAGCAGCCUGGGAAAGCCAGGCAGCCCCACGCCCUCCAAUUCACGCUGCCUUCUAGUUGUGCCAACUCAAACCACCCUUCAGCUGUGCCGCCAAGCAUGGACCCCAGUGUUGUGGGUGGAAAAUCCCCCUUCUUCCUCCAGAGCUCCCCGCUUCCCUUAGAUCAUCUCAAUAUGGUGAUAGCCUCAUUAGCCGGCAUGUCCCCAUCCUCAUUUCUCCUGUGUCCCCUGGCUGGAGAACACGCUGUGUGUGGUUGAGAGGCACCUGGGAGGAGUCUCCAAGCCCAGCGCUCUUGUGCAGUGCACACACAGAGACAUGGAAAUAGAUGGGGGCAGGCUGGUCCCUGCUGUGAUAAAUGAGUAACUCCAAGUACAAGGCCAACCACAAAGGAUGCUGCAAAAACUGGUGAUGGGGCAAAAGAUUUUUUAUUUUUGUUAUUUUUAAACUCCUUUACCCUUUUGUUAUUGUUCGUAGGGGAUGGGAACCCUUGGUUUUCAUUCGCUCAAGCACACAGGAGAAGGGGCUUUUGUUUACUCUGUCAGGAACAAAAGAAUUGUCAACAUACUAUAAACUGUGAGCAUUGUUAUUGGUUUUUGGUUUUUUUUAACAGUUAAACGGUAUAUGUGGUGAUCUCUUUGUCUCUUUUUAUUUCCAGCUUGCUCUGGGUUUAGUUAUGUCACAUUAAAAGUUGAAAAAAGACUGAUGAGGACAGUUUUGAGUUGGAAGCAAAACAGUGGUGCCUCCGUAAUCAGAGUGAGACCUAGGUGUGUAGCUGAAGGUGAGCGUGCAGCCCUCUUUCCCGAAACCCAUUACAGUUUUACUUCCGUUUAGGGUAGGUUUUUCUUACACUUUGGUUUUUUUGGUGGAAUCAAUGUUCACUUCCUAUGAACUCUGUCCUCUGAAACCCUGGAAGUCUUUUCUAGAAACUGAAACAUUGUUUUCCUCCUUGAGUUUUCUUGAGAAAUGCAGAAGUUAGGAAGAUGGGCACAUAUCACCCUGUUCCCUUUUCCCCCAUGCCUGACACCUAGGAGUAUGGAUUGUGCAGUGUCACUGUCCACACAGGGACUUUCUCGUCCCGGGUCUGUGGGCGUCAUUGCCUCUGCUGUGUGGAGAAGGCCGGUGUCAAAACUUCCCCCCUACAUCUGUACAGCCCACAGCCCAUCACCUGCGGUGUUAACCCUGAAAUGCCCACUUGUAUUGAGCUGGCCUUCUGCACUGAAGUAUCCCCCCCUUUAUUUUCCCCACAGUGUGUGGGGGGAGGGUCCAUAAACCCGAGUGUGCCUUUGCUUUCCACCCUUGCUAGACACUGGUAGAUGCAACAAACUCAGAGUUAUAUUUGUUGUAAAGUUGUAAAAAUAUUGUGAUGUCACCGAUUUUUCUUCCAUUUCCACAUCCCCUAACAUCUGAUUCACCACUUAAUGUAUGUUUUAAAAAA